UUAGUUUUUUAAAUCUUUAUUCUUUAGUUGUUUUAACAAGCCGUUUGAGCACGGACGCGGGUUAUGCGUUGUUUUAUAUCGUACAAAACUGAGCUUAAAAACUUUGAAUAAGCGAUGUGUUAUAAUAUUAAUUCGAGUGUUAAGUGUGUAUAGUGGUAUAAUCUAAUUUUCAGUAUUUGCAGAGAUAGCUAGGAAAAAUGGAGUCACGCUUACUAGUUCUAUGGAUUACCCUAAUUACUUUGGCUAGUUCGGAAGAUAUACUAGAUUCAGAUUUGGGAGACCAAAUACCCAAUCGAAUUGAAAAUGAAAGCAUAUCAUCAUCCGUAAAUGAAUUCGGAUUUAAGCUAAUCAAGGAAUUGAUGAGAAGAAAUGAAAACGAAAAUAUUGUAAUUUCUCCAGCAGGCAUCUCUGGAUUGCUUGCAAUGGCAUUGUUAGGGAGUGUCGGUGAAACGUACGAGGAAAUUGCCCGCGUUCUUGGAUUUUCCGAAGAUGUUAGACGUAACCGCGAACACCACGAUCAUUUCGGUGAUUUAUUGCGGUCUUUAAAUAUAAAUGAUACAUCGAGUAAAACCAUGUAUGCUGACGUAAUUUUUUCUGAUAACACCUCAAUACUUCGGGAAGCUUACCGUUUAUACCUAAACAGGGUUUACGGAGGGGAUGCUCUAACUACCGAUUUUAAAAAUCAACAAGCAGCAAAAGACUUUAUAAAUGAAUGGGUCAAUGAUAAUACUAAAGGGAAAAUACCAAAUUUCUUAAAAGAAGCUCUUCCAAUUGACACAAAAGUUGUAUUACUUAGUGCCCUGUACUUCAGUGGGCAAUGGAAGUAUCCGUUUUUGAUAGAAUAUACAAAAAAGCUCCCAUUCAAAGGACUAACUGAAGAUGUAAUGGUUGAACAAAUGCUGAAUAUGGGCAGUUUUCCGUAUAUUUUUUCAUAUAACGAUGAUUUACACAUGAUUGCUCUACCAUACAACGAUAGUGUGACUACAAUGUACGCCUUAAAACCGCGUCGACCAAACGAUCUCAGUUUAGCUGAACUCCUUAAUAGAUUAGACUUCAACAAAAUAGACGCUCUUAUCGCGAAAAUGGAAAAUAGGAAAUGUGUUAUAAGAUACCCAAAGAUGGACCUGCAGAGGACUGAGAAUUUAGAAGAAUCUCUUAAGGCAAUCGGUGUGAGAACUAUUUUUAAACCUGGACAAGCAAAUUUUGCUCUAAUGGUAGACAACAAUAGGGUGGUCAAUAGAACAUUCAACGAAAUAGUUAGUAGAAUUAAUACAGGAGAUAUUGAUGAUUCAAGAUCUUUAAAAGAAGUUGUAGAUAGCCUUCCUAAUCCAGGAGUAUAUGUGGAUACAGUUUUACAUGACGUCAAAUUCACUGUUAAUGAAUAUGGAACUGAAGCCGUGGCAGCAACCAGUGGGGUAUUAGCUCGAUCUGCCGAACUGUUUUAUGCAGAUACACCAUUCUUUAUGUUUAUACGCAAUGAGAGAACAAAACUCGUAACUUUUAGUGCAGUUAUAUUAAAUCCAAAAUCAUUACAAACUUAAAUAUAUUUAUUUCUAGAAUAGUUUUUUACCGCUUUUCACAUAUUUUACUAAACAGUUAGUUAGUGACAUGGCUAAUUUUUUUACCUAUAAAACAGUAUAAAUCUUGUUUAGCUGUAACAUGCUUGAUAAAACUUUAUUUUUAUGUCUGUAGUAAUUAAGUUGAAAUUUUAUAAUUUCAGUAAAUAUUAAUAUAGCUGCAAGUGGUAUGAUUACACAACUAGUCAUAUGUCUGUUAAUUACAUUAUGGUGGCAUUAAUCAAUAAUUAAAUGUUUAUUAAACUAA